AUGACAAAUUACUGGGUGCUUCUCUCAGGCUACAUUAUCACCUUUCUAAUCGGCCUGCCCGCCAACAUCCUGGCCGUUUACGCCUUCGUCCUGAAGCUCAGCAACAAUCCCACUUCCUCGGGCGUCCUCCUGCUGAACCUGACCGUCUCCGAUCUUCUCUUUCUGCUCUUUCUGCCACUGAAGAUGCACGAGGCGGCGCUGGGCCUUCAGUGGAACUUAUCCCAAGUCCUGUGCUCUAUCAUGUCUUUUGUCUUUUUCACCACCAUUUACACAAGCUCUCUGGUGCUGAUGGCGGUCAGCGUCGACCGCUACCUGGCAGUGGGCUUUCCCAUAGCCUACAUGAAGUUUCGCAAGGUCGUCUACGGCGUCAUCGGUGCCGUUUUCAUCUGGACGUUCAGCGCGGCUCACUGCACGAUCGUCUUCAUUGUCGUCCACAUGAGUGGACAAAACCACACGCAGGCCAACGGCACCUGUUACGACGACUUUUCAGACGAUCAAAAACGAGUGCUGCUUCCGGUGCGCUUGGAGUUUUUCGUGGUCAUUUUUUUUAUUCCUCUUUGCGUGUGCCUGUUCUGCUACCUUAACUGCAUCUGGAUCCUGUACCACAGGCCCCUCAUAUCAAAGGAGAAGAAACAGAGGGCCAUCGGGAUGGCGCUGGGCACCUUGAGCGUGUUCCUGGUUUGCUUCUUGCCCUAUAACUUGUCUCAUCUGAUAGGCUACAGUACUAACGUCAGCCCAUCCUGGAGGCCCUAUGCACUGCUCCUGAGCACCUUCAAUACCUGCCUGGACCCCAUCAUCUUCUACUUCUCGUCCAGCAUGUAUCGCAAAACCACCAAGUUCUCCUUAAAAAGUGUUUUCUCCUUUUGGUGCCAAAAACCAAGAACCUGA